AUGCCCCGCACCACCACAUCAGCUACGGCUCCAGGUCUUGACUUGGAUACUAUGAGAAGUCGUAUCACACUUCUCGAAAAUCAGCUCGAGAAUUCACUCAAAAAAUCCAUUCGAUCUACUCCACUGGGUCCCUCUGUGGCAGAGACACCAGUAUCUAGCAUUGAGACAGCAGAGAGCCGUAUCGGAGGCACCUUCUACAUUCAUCAUGGCAACCCUGCGCUCGGCCAAUCGCCUAAUAUGCAUCGCAGCCUUACGCAUAAGAAACGAAUGUAUGGCCAGAGCCACUGGAUGAACUUGAGCGUAGUGUUGGUCAAAGAUAUUGCCAAGAUGAUUGACAUGCAAACAAAAGACCCUACCAAGCAGGCGUUCUCCGAGAAAGUCUUCACAGGAAUGCAAAAGUGCAAGCGAACAGCUAGACUGGUCAAAAGGCAGCGAGAACCGCCAUGGCCGUGUCCACCAACGCCGGAGCUGCCUCCAAAGAAUAUCGCGGAUGACCUUGUCGACUGUUACCUCCGAACCUACGAGAGCGUGUAUCGAAUACUUCAUGUUCCUUCUUUCAAGAGAACCUAUGAAGCCAUUUGGGCAACUGAUUCCGAGCCCGACUCCGUCUUCUUGAUCCAAUUGAAGCUGGUGCUGGCGAUCGGCGCUACGGCUUACAACAACAACUUCACACUUCGUCCCUCCGCCAUGCGUUGGGUCCACGAAGCGGAGACCUACCUUGCCAAUCCUCAUCUCAAACAUCGACUUACCAUCCAAUAUAUACAAAUAUAUUGUCUCCAGCUACUUGCGAGACAGACCGCCGCUGUGGGCGAAGAUAUGGUGUUCAUCAUCACAGGGAAUCUAUUACGGUCAGCCAUGUUUUUGGGGCUGCACAGAGAUCCGGCCCAUAUGCCAGCAAGGACACUUUUCGCCAAUGAAAUGCAUCGACGGCUGUGGACUACCAUCACCGAGCUUUGUCUGCAAGCCAGCAUCUACGCAGGUUGCCCACCUCUCAUGAGUCAAGAUGACUAUGACACCCAGCCAGCUGGAAACUUUGACGACGACCAGCUUGAAAACGACGAGGCGAUUGCUCGACCUGAAAAUCAUUUCACGCAAUCAUCGGUGUCCAUCAUACUACAGAAAACCUUCCCAGCUCGGCUUGCAACCGCCAGGUUUCUGAAUAACUUCACGUCUAGUGGCACUUACGAAGAGACUCUCCAACUUGACUCGGACUUGCGAACAGCUUACAAGACACUACGAGACACCCUACGAGCGUUCAAUCCCAUCCACGGCAACUUGCCUUCAGAUUUCCAGAUACGAUUGGUAGAUGUUACUAUGAAUCGCUACCUGUGCGCUGUCCACGCGCCCUUUUUCAUGCCCGCAUUGAGCGACGCGAAGUACGCAUACUCUAGGAAAGCCGUCUUUGACACAGCCUUGAAGAUGUGGUACGCAACAUACCCUAUCACGGACAGCAUCGGAAUUCCGCUAUCGAAUAGCCCAACACCCCCCGCGAGAGACGAUUUCCAGCGAAUGGUCACCUGCGGUCACGGCUUCCUGCGCUCCGCAACGAUGCAAUCCAUCUUGAUGAUUGCCGUCGAAAUGCGAACGCAGCUCCAAGAGGACGACGGUCUGAGCCCUACACCCCUGCGGCGAGACCUAUUCGCUAUCUUGGAAGAAGCCAAAGCGUGGUCGAUAUGGUGCAUGGAGGCCGGCGAGACGAACGUCAAGGGACACGUCUUCGUCUGCCUUAUGGGAGCUUACACACAAGGUCUUGCAAAGGGCUUGAGUAAAGAUGAGAUUGCGAAGUCGCUUGUUGUAGCUGCAGAUGGCGCUCUCCAGCGUGGAAUGGAGUUGCUGGAAAGAAUGAUCGAGAACGAAGUGCCGGAGCAGAAUGCAGGCGGGCUGGGGGACUUGUCUCUGGAUGAUCUUACGCCGGAGAUGCUUGCGGAUUGGCAAUCUAUAGUGAGUUGUGCGGUUCGCGCAGAAUGA